AUGGGAUCGAUCUUUCAGUCACCACGCGUGGUAAAAGCGGAGGGCGUGCCGUAUUUCACGCCCGCCAACAAUGGCGGCGCCGCUCUCCACCCAGAGGAUCCUAGUACUCCAACGCUGUUCCGUCCUCUGCGCAUUCGCGAUGUUACUCUGAAGAAUCGCAUCAUGGUCGCGCCUAUGUGUACCUAUUCGACGGAGUCGGACCCGGACUCUCCAGCCGUGGGUGCGCUGACGGACUUCCACAUCGCACAUCUUGGUCAUUUUGCAGCUAAGGGGGCCGGCUUGGUCAUCAUUGAAGCGUCGGCCGUGCAGCCGAAUGGACGCAUUUCCCCAAAUGACUCGGGCAUAUGGCAAGAGGGAACCGAUUCGGAGCAAAUCAAAGGACUGCGCCGCGUGGUUGAUUUCGCACAUAGCCAAGGGGCGAAAGUCGGUAUUCAGCUUGCUCAUGCUGGUCGAAAGGCGAGCACUGUGGCGCCGUGGCUGUCAUCCCAGGGCAAACGGAGUAGCAUAAAAGCCGACGAAAGUGUUGGGGGAUGGCCAUCGAACGUUGUCGGACCCUCCGGGGGUGAGGAGAAUAUUUGGGCGCCUGGCGAUAUCAAGUACUGGCCUCCACGUGAGCUCAGUACUGCCGAAGUGGAGGAAGUCGUGCGAGCAUUCGGCAGAAGUGCCAAACUGGCCAUCCAAGCUGGCGUGGAUAUUAUUGAGAUUCAUGCGGCCCACGGAUAUCUUUUGCAUGAAUUCCUGAGCCCCGUCACCAAUCGCCGAACGGACAGGUACGGCGGUAGCUUCGAGAAUCGGACUCGCAUCUUGCGGGAGGUUGUGGCUGCCAUUCGCGCCGCCAUUCCCACCGGCACGCCCUUGUUUCUUCGAAUCAGUGCCACCGAAUGGUUAGAGGAGCAACCGGUCGCCGCGCAGACCGGGAGCUGGGACAUGCCUUCCUCGAUCCAACUGGCUAAGCUGCUGCCUGAACUUCAAGUCGACCUCCUGGACGUGAGCUCGGGGGGCAACCACAAGGACCAGAAGCUGCAACCGCACACCAACUAUCAGAUUGACCUGGCGGGGGAGCUGCGCAAGGCCAUUCGCGGCGCUGGCCAGACAACCCUGGUCGGGGCCGUCGGUCUAAUCACGGAGGCCGAUGUCGCCCGGAAUAUCGUGCAGGGUGCGGAUGAGGCCCAAGCCACCGAGGCCCUCCUUGCGGGCCAGGAGCCUAAAGCGGACGCGGUGUUGAUGGCUCGUCAAUUCCUCCGGGAGCCAGAGUGGGUGUAUAACGCGGCCAAGAAGCUGAAUGUGCCCAUUUCUGUUGCGUGGCAAUUUGCCCGCGGAGUCCUCUAA